AUGUCCUCCUCCACAGGGAGCUUGGAUCACGCAGGGUUCACGUUCACGCCGCCGCCGUUCAUCACGUCCUUCACUGAGCUUCUAUCAGGGUCUGGCGCCGGCGACGUGGAGGGGUCGCCAAGGGGGUUCAACCGAGGGGGUCGGGCCGGGGUGCCCAAGUUCAAGUCCGCGCAGCCGCCCAGCCUGCCCAUCUCGUCGCCAGCGUCGCCCUUCUCCUGCUUCUCCAUCCCUGCAGGUCUCAGCCCUGCUGAGCUGCUCCACUCUCCCGUUCUCCUCAACUACUCUCAUAUAUUGGCGUCUCCGACUACAGGUGCGAUCCCCGCGCGGAGAUACGACUGGCAGGCGAGCGCCGAUCUGAACACCUUUCAGCAGGAUGAGGUCGGCCGUGGAGACAGCGGCCUCUUUGGCUUCUCCUUUCACGCAGUGAAGCCCAACGCCACGGUCAACGCUCAAACAAAUUACUUACCUUUAUUCAAGGAACAACAGCAGCAACAACAACAACAAGUGGUAGAAGUGAGCAACAACAGCAGCAGCGGCGACAACAACAAGCAGGUUGAGGACGGAUACAAUUGGAGGAAGUACGGGCAGAAGCAAGUUAAGGGCAGCGAGAACCCGCGGAGCUACUACAAGUGCACCUACAACAAUUGCUCCAUGAAGAAGAAAGUGGAACGCUCUCUUGCAGACGGCCGCAUCACGCAGAUUGUCUACAAGGGCGCGCAUGAUCACCCGAAGCCCCCCUCCACGCGCCGCAACUCCUCCGGCUGUGCGGCGGUCAUUGCGGAGGAUCAUACCAACGGCUCGGAGCACUCUGGCCCGACGCCUGAGAAUUCAUCCGUCACAUUCGGAGACGAUGAGGCCGACAAUGGCCUAAUACUCGGUGAUGGCGCUGAGCCCGAGACCAAGCGCCGGAAGGAGCACGGUGACAACGAGGGCAGUUCAGGUGGCACCGGCGCCUGCGUGAAGCCCGUGCGCGAGCCCAGGCUUGUGGUGCAGACGCUGAGCGAUAUAGACAUACUCGACGACGGCUUCCGGUGGAGGAAGUACGGGCAGAAGGUUGUCAAGGGCAAUCCCAACCCCAGGAGCUACUACAAGUGCACAACGGUGGGUUGCCCGGUGCGCAAGCACGUGGAGCGGGCCUCGCACGACAACCGCGCGGUGAUUACCACCUACGAGGGUAGGCACAGCCACGACGUGCCGGUCGGCAGGGGGGCCGGUGCCAGCCGCGCGCUGCCGACGUCGUCUUCCUCCGACAGCUCGGUCGUCGUCUGUCCUGCCGCCGCCGGGCAGGCCCCGUACACCCUCGAGAUGCUCGCCAACCCUGCCGCCGGACACCGAGGCUACGCGGCCAAGGACGAACCCCGGGACGACAUGUUCGUCGAGUCGCUCCUCUGCUAG